UUUUUUAAAUUCCAGAAUCUAUAAGAUGGAUGACGAUGACAGGGUGGUAGUUGUGGAAGAGGAGGAGGAGGAGGAGUUGAUAUUUGAGGCUGAGGAUGAAGGAAUGGAGGAGGAUGAGGAGGAGAAAAGAACCGUGAAAGCCGUUGUAGUGGAAGAAAACGUUGUGGAGGUUAACAAUGAGGAUUUAGAGGAAGGAGAAGUUUCAGAACCCGAACCAGAGGUUUCCAAGAAUACAGGGAGAACCCUUCGAGUUCAUCUACCUGAUCUUCUUCAGGGGAUAGACGGGAACGAUGAUAUCCCGAUGAACCUAGAUACUAUAGAGAAACUGGAUCGUCGUGCUAAACGUUUCAACACAACCAAUCCUAUGCCUGCUGAUGAGGUGUGUAAGGUUUAUGAUAGCCUAGGAAUCCCUGUAGAGGAAAGAGAGAGAAGAAACACAGGAAACUUCCGUCUGGAGUAUAUCUUGAUGUAUGGAGUCUUUAGUCUCAGUGACGAGGACAUUCUGGAGUACUUUGAGGAGUUCAGUCCUAUGGAAGUACUGGAUCUGGGCGAGGACAGCUGUAUUGUCAAGUUUAGAAACUGUUUAACUUCUCUCAAGGCAAUGAUGGAAUUAUCUAAGCCUAUUGGAGAACCCAAGAAGGAAGAACGGAUUGUAAAGCACGUGUUGACCGCUGAUGAUGAACCCGAGCGACGUGUGGUGACCCGAGAUAUUAAGAAUAAACUUGAUGGUUUGGUGCAUCCGGAUGAUAUUCCACUGGAGGAAAUGCCAGAGGGGAAGUGGAGACUAGGAAACUAUCACAAGAAGGUAUGAACAAGCUUGGUCUAU